AAACACCUGUCCUAUAAAUACCCACUCCUCUCCUUCGAUUCUAAUCUCACUUCAAUAUUCAACCUUGUUUAAGUCUUGAACCAAGAAAAAAAAUGGCUUCUGCUAAUAAGUUUCACUCAUGCCCACGUGUUCCGAUGCUACUGGUUCUCUUCUUCCUCGUGAUCAAUAUCACUCCAUCCUCGAGCCAAGACACCCAGCAACUGAUCGAACAUAUUUGCAGGCAGAUGGAGGAGUACGGAUUUUGCAGCCAAACCUUCAAGGAGAACUUGAAAUCUCCAAACUCCGAUAUCGUCGCCCUCACCCAAAUAACCAUAGAGCGUGCCACAGACAAUGCCACCAAAACGCACGACUUUAUCAGGCAACUGCUUGACAACACAACCGACAUAGCUUUCAAAAACGCCCUCACUGCAUGUGAGCAUGGUUACCUUGUAGUGAUGGAAUCGUUCGAUUCGGCUGCAGUGUCGUUUUUCCAGAAGGAUUACGACAGUGUGGAGAAGGCUGAGAGGGUGACGCCGAGAGCAGAAGCCAGCUGCGAAGAUUCGCUUAGCACACCGCCUAAUACUCAGAAUCCGUUGAAUGAUAGAAAUAGGCAGAUGAGGAUUUUGAUUGCUAUGGCUUUGGUUUCUGUGCAUGAACUAAUUCAAGCAUAGCUAGAGGCCUCCAUGAUAAUGCUUCUAAACCCGAAACCCUAGCUAGCGCUUGGUUAUAGAAAGAAGAAUAUAGUAAUUUUGGUUUCUUGUUUUUUUCUUAUUUCGGGUUUUUUUUUCUUAUUUAAAUUGUUUGGCCGUAGUUAUGCAUGUGAUUGACGCAAAGAUAGCAAGAAAAUAGAUUAUAAUAAAGGGAUAUGAGAUUUGUAUUAUUCUCA